UCUUCUCUCCCGCCAUAUUUGAUUUUUUCAGAAGUAAAACAUAACCUUAAAACAAAAUUCCCCAGUCUGUUUUUUUGUGAGUUUCUCAAAUUUAGGCAAAAAAUCUACUUAUCUACUGUCACAAAAUGUCGAUGAACAAGUAUAUGCAUCCCAGAAAUAUCUAUAAAACGCCACCAGAUUUCAAACAACUGGCCAUUCAGUUUCCAGACUUCCAAAAGUAUGUAAAGUUAGACAUUUCUGGCAAACCUGUGUUUGAUUUUAAAGAUCCUAACGCACUAAGGGCCCUGUCACGCACCCUACUUAAAAAAGACUUUAACUUAGAUGUCGAGAUGCCUUCCAACAAACUCGUCCCAACCAUACCUUUGCGCCUUAAUUACAUUUUGUGGAUUGAAGAUUUGCUUGGUUUUAUACAAAAAGAGGGUAUCGUCAAGGGUAUAGAUAUAGGUACUGGAGCCUCCUGUAUCUAUCCCUUAAUGGCAGCAAAGAAAAACAACUGGAAAAUGCUUGCAACCGAGACUGAUGAUGAGAGUGUUGUUUGUGCUAGAAAAAACAUUGAAAUGAAUAAUCUACAAGAACUAAUCACUGUUAAAAAAGUUUCUUGUGAUUAUAUUUUUAAAGAGGCCUUAAAUGUAGAUGAGGAAUUUGAUUUCUGUAUGUGCAACCCCCCAUUUUUCUCAAGCACUCAGGAAUUACACCCAUUUUUCAAGUCUCGCAAACAAAACAGACCACAUCCAAAAAAUGCCUUUGUUGCUUCUGUAAAUGAAGUGGUAUCCAAAGGAGGAGAAGUGGAAUUUGUCCAAAAAAUCAUUAAGGAAAGUAGAGAGAUAGGCAAAAAAAUUAAAAUAUAUACUUCCAUGGUAGGACAAAAGAGUAGUUUACCCAUUCUAAAAAAGUCUUUACGUGAAGCUGAGGUUAAUAGUUUUAAGGAAGUGGAGUUUUGCCAAGGAAAUACUACAAGGUGGGGUCUUGCAUGGACUUUUGCAGACUAUGACCUUAAAAAAGUGACUGAUGCCACCAAAUUAUCUUUAGUCAAGUCCUCAAAAAAACAUCCUCCAUUGCUUUAUGAAAUGCCUGACAGUUCUGAAAAUAUUGCUCAAGUCACAGAAAAUAUUUUAAAGAUCUUUCAGAAUCUUAAAAUGACAGUAGAAGAAGUGACAAGGAAUAAAUUACACCAGAGGUAUUUUGUGAGUGCUUAUUCAAACACUUGGUCACAUCAAAGGAGAAAGAGAAGGGAAAAUAUGAGAAGAAUGUCUGAAAAAAAUGAUGAGGCCAGCUCACCUGAAAAAAAUAACAACGAUGGAUCUACUGAUGAAAGUGAUAAGUCUCCAAAUAAAAGAACAUUGGAUGAUAUAUGUGAGUCGACUACCAAAAAAUUAAGGCUUAGUACUGAUUCUGAAAGCAGUGAAACUGUAGUAUUUUUCAAGUUUAUGUGUGCCUUAAAUUGCCAGAAGGACAAAAUUAUUUUAGAGUUAAACACCAUUGAAGAACAAAGUAGUAACAGAGACUAUUUACAUCAAAUUAUGCAGUAUGUUAAAAACAAAUGGAAAUGUCUUGGUGGGGAUUAAUUUUUUUCUGUAGUUUUAAGUUUAAUAUUUUUAAGUGGGAAGAAUAGUUCAUUAUUAUUUUUUAUGUUAUAUUUUUUGUUACUGGGACAGAAUUUUUUUUUGUUUACAUUUUGGUUCAUUAAAACGGCUACUUACUUAAUGAAA